UUUAUGCAUAUAUGUAUUCAACCUGUCUUCCUUUACUUCACAAACAAACAGUACUAUUUCUUUCAAAACUUUGCUUAAUAUUUUUGUUUCUUUUGCAAUAUGUCCCGUUCUUACCAAGAUUUAGAGCCUGAUUGCCAAUACAAAGAAGGAGAAGCUCAGGACCUUAUCGAGUUUCAUGUCAAACAUUUUAGAAAGGACCAGCUGAAAGUUCACUUCGGCAGCAACAACGUCCUAACCGUUUCCGGCGAACGGCCCCUGGAAGGAAGUAAAUGGACCCGAUUCCGCAAGGAAUUCACCAUUCCCAAAGACUGCAAAGCGAACGAAAUCCGUGCAAGGUUCAGUUCCGGUUUUCUUUAUAUAACAAUACCAAAGAAAAUCGCUUAUUCGCAACAGGAUUCACUUACACCAAUGCAGCGUGGGGAGUCAGCAUCGUCGUUGCCGCCGGUUGAAGACAAAGGAAAACUAAAGCAAGAGAACAACAUUAGCCAAAGUAGAGAGGCUGCCGGCGAGGGUACUACAGGUGCCCCUACCGAGAAUGCUAUAUCGCCCCAAGCUCGCCCCAAAUGGUUUAUUUCAAAGCUUAAAAUGGAGAGCAAGACAGCAAUGAAGAUUGGGGCAAGUUUGACAGUGGCGGCACUGCUGUUUAUUGUGUUGUUUUAUGCAUUCAAGCUUUGUGAUCCCAUGAUUAUGAAUGUUUAGCACUACCCAAAUCCUUUGAAUUGAUUCGUUUUCCAAGUAAUUGAUGCAAAACAACCUGUGAUUGCUCAAUGGAACAAAGCUCAAAAUAAAUUAAAUGGAUUGUCUUAACAUGUUAA